UCAGGCAACAGUAAGAAGAGAACUCAGUCAAGGCGGGGACGACGUUCACAGAGAGAUGCUGCUCUAUGAACGCUAAACAAGAACAUUCAUCUUGGAGAGAAAAAACGUACAAUAAUAAUAACGUCCAUACAGUUAUGGAUAACAAUGACUCUUAUCUACAUCUAAAGAAGCGCUUAUCCAUUCGACAGCCAUACAUUCACUCACCUCACCGCUGUUCUCGAGGAAAGUUCGUCAAGAAGACCACAUUGAGAGGGUUCUUCUGUGCAGGUCUCGCACCUGAGCUCCACCCCGUCUCAGUCCCUCAGCACCAUGGUGGGGCCCCCUCACCACCACCCCUAUCAUCACCACCAUCAUCAUCAUCAUCAUCACCACCCCUCCAUCAUCAGUGCCUCUGUCAACCCCGGGCAGCCCCUCCCGUCUCCCAUGAGCACCCUGGGCUCGCCGUUCAACGGGCAGGGCGGCUCGCCGUACUCCGUCAUCACCUCGUCCUCUCUGGGCUCCCCAGGUGUCUCCAUCCCCCCUACUCCCACCAUGGGCUUCAGCACGCUCUCCAGCCCACAGAUGAACUCUCUGAACAAUGUGAGCAGCAGUGAGGACAUCAAGCCUCCUCCAGGCCUAGCUGGACUGGGUCACAUGAACAGCUACGGCUGCAUGAGCCCAGGGUCCAUGUCCAAGCACAUCUGUGCCAUCUGUGGGGACCGAUCCUCAGGGAAACACUAUGGCGUGUACAGCUGUGAAGGCUGCAAGGGCUUCUUCAAGAGAACCAUCAGGAAGGAUCUCAGCUACACGUGUCGAGACAGCAAGCAGUGCCUGAUCGACAAGCGCCAGCGCAACCGCUGCCAAUACUGCCGCUAUCAGAAGUGUCUGGCUAUGGGCAUGAAAAGAGAAGCGGUGCAGGAGGAGCGUCAGCGGGGCCGGGAGAAGAGUGAUAACGAGGUGGAGUCGACCAGUAGUUUUAACGAGGACAUGCCUGUUGAGAAGAUACUGGACGCGGAGCUGGCUAUCGAACCCAAGACUGAAGCCUACAUGGAGGCGAGCGCAGGCAACUCUAAGAACGACCCGGUCACCAACAUCUGCCAGGCAGCAGACAAGCAGCUGUUCACCCUGGUGGAGUGGGCCAAGAGGAUCCCCCAUUUCUCUGAGCUGCCCCUGGACGACCAGGUCAUCUUAUUACGGGCAGGUUGGAAUGAGCUGCUCAUUGCCUCGUUCUCCCACCGCUCUGUGACAGUGAAGGAUGGUAUCCUAUUGGCCACGGGGCUCCACGUACACCGCAGCAGUGCCCACAGUGCCGGGGUGGGCUCCAUCUUUGACAGGGUGCUGACGGAGCUGGUGUCUAAGAUGAAAGACAUGCAGAUGGACAAGACUGAGCUGGGCUGCCUCCGAGCCAUUGUCCUCUUCAACCCAGAUGCCAAGGGCCUGUCUAAUCCUACAGAGGUGGAGGCCCUGAGAGAGAAGGUGUACGCCUCACUGGAGUCCUACACUAAACACAGAUAUCCGGAGCAGCCUGGCAGAUUUGCCAAGCUGUUGCUGCGUUUGCCUGCACUACGCUCCAUUGGCCUCAAGUGUCUGGAGCACCUCUUCUUCUUCAAGCUGAUAGGAGAUACGCCCAUAGAUACUUUCCUCAUGGAAAUGCUCGAAGCGCCGCACCAGAUCACAUGACACAAGUCUUACCCAUUGUAAAUACCCCCUACCCCGGUGUACAACUGCUAUGAAGUCAAACUUGAGAGUUCUUCACUUGCAUAUUUUGUACCGAGCACAAUUAAUAAUGUGAAAAUAAAAAGUUUCUAUUGGUAUUUUAAGAAAUGCAACACUGUCAAAGGUGAAUUUUAAAGAGGAUUUGUUUUUGUAAAAAGAAGAGUAUUAAUUAUCAGAUCUAGCAACAACUGAAUGCAACAUGAAGUCUUAUUUUAUUCAAUGAUGAACGGUAUGAAAUACUAUGUCACCAGAAUAGAAUAUCUGUGCAAAUAAAGACAACUUUUAACAUAA